UUCCCUCACCCAACUUGUAUUGUCUGCUGCCACUCGGUGCUGGAGAGAAGCAGCCUGGAGGAGGCUGACGACCUCCAGCGCAACCAAAGUAAGAGAAAAUCACCGCUCCUUCUCCAUCCCGCUUCGUCAAAACCGAGCCAGAACUAAUAGACUGCAUUGCAUCGAGGAGUACCAAUGCACGCACGGUGUUUUGGUUUGGCGCAUGGCAAGUUGCAUCCACACCACUUUUACGCACGUCUCUCCAGGCGGAGGAUGUGAGCGCGUCCACGUGCGCGGAGGGGAACAAAACAAACCAAAGUGAGCGAAGAUGCGCGGCGCCGAGCUGCUGCUCGCUUACGUCCUCGCCAAAGUGGCCGUGCGCCACGCGGACUGCCAGGGGGAGCGCCCGGCGGAUGACUUGGUGCUGGUGAGCGGAUACAACGAGUCGGCGGAGUCCGUGACGAGCAGCGCCACGGAGAGCCCGCACACGGAGGACAAAUGCCGCGGCUACUACGACGUGAUGGGCCAGUGGGACCCGCCCUUUGUGUGCCAGACGGGCAACUACCUGUACUGUUGCGGCACGUGCGGCUUCAGGUUCUGCUGCGCCUUCCGCAGCUCCCGGCUGGACCAGACCACCUGCAAGAACUACGACACGCCGCCGUGGAUGAUGACCGGCAGACCGCCGUCUAAGGUGGAUGUGGCGCAGGACUCCGCCAAGGACAAGACCAACAUGAUCGUGUAUGUCAUCUGCGGGCUGGUGGCCAUCAUGGCACUGAUUGGCAUCUUCACCAAGCUGGGGCUGGAGAAGACGCAGCGGCCAAACCAAGAAAACAUGCCACAACCUUUGGCGCAUGUGACCCGUCAUCCCGCUUCAGAACAUCCGGACGAGAUAAGCCUGGGCCUGCACUAUGAGAACAUGCAGACAAGAGUCGCAAUAAACAGUCUACACAGCCCCCAGAUGAACAACGCCACGCCUGCCUCGCCUCUGCUCACCGAGCCAUACGCACUGUUGGAUUCGAUCAGCAGCCCCUACGAGCCGCAGACGUUGGUCAAGGACCUCAACAAGUACGCCACCCUCAAGGCUGUCGCAGAAAAAGCUAACGACGGCUUCUACAUCAACCGCCGCCAAGUGCUGAGUGGAAUAACAACGAAGGGCAGCCUUCCAAUGGAGCAUGUGGACGCGGAGCCCAGCAACCCCUACAGCCCGCCCAGACAGAUGUCAAGCAUGCAGAGCGUACGCAAGCACAAGAACCCGCGAAGCCACAGCUCCCAGUCGCUGUCCUUUGGCUCUUUUUCCAGCCCGGCCACGCCGAGACCUUGGGAGAGCAAAGACGUGCUGGGGCUGAGGCAGUGCUACGACCCGACUAACUUCUGCGUCACGGGGAGGGAACUUCAGAACGUUCGCUUCCUGCCCCCGCAGCCCUAUUUGGUCACCAACAGCAAGACGGAAGUGACAGUAUGAAGUGAAGAAACGGCAAGUGCAGGAAGUGCUUGUGUAAAAUACGACUGCGGACUGUUCAACAACAUACGGUUGUGUGGACGUCAUGGACAGCGUUCACGACAAAGGUUUGAAUUCAAAUGAGUGUCAUCCAACAAUAACAUCAAAUCACAAAUGCGAGAUAAAUAAAAUACCCUCCAACGCCAACAUAGACCUCCACCUAGGCCAAACAACAGUGGUGCCCUGAGAUUUGGGCUGAACAAUUUAUCGUUUUAGGAUCCAAAUCGUGAUCCGAGCAAAUCAUUUGGUGAUCCUCAAAACCGCAUUCUUUUUAAAGAGCUUUUAAACGACGCAGAGCUCACGGAUUAGAAGAGGUAUGCAAAUUGUGGACAGGUGACACUUACCAAUCAU